UAAACAUUGCACCACAAGCUUGAAAUAUAACGACAGUAUAAAUAGAUAACUACCAACUACUUUUCAUAACAACAGAUUAGAACAGAAAAAGUGUUGAACCACAAGACAAUGGUGCAGAAAAUUUCCAAAAGGGGUGUCCACUCCGGGAACACCCUCAGAGCAUCCAAUUCAAGGUUCAAUCGUACAUACAGUAGGAGAUCUUGUCUUCUAAGAAAGUCAUGGAGUCCAACAGUAAUGAAAGAUACCAUUUUGGAAGAUCUAAAUAUGGAUAGAGAUGAUGUGGUGUAUUCGCUCAAUAAAAAGGGGAGAUGGGAACUUCCGGACAUGCUUAAAAAUUCUAUUUUGACAGGAAGCUACAAGGACUUGAAAUCAAACGUCAAGUUAAUUGUCUCCCAUGACAUUGCAAAGAAAAGUCACACUGUUGGGUACUAUUCGUCAAAAGGAAAUACAAAGAAAAUAGAAAGUAAAAAGAAAACCUAUUUCAACGGAGAAUCAGUCGUAGUUCAAAGCAGACUAGAUGACAAAACAGGCACACAACCUAUCCUUCAGAUUGAAGUCGUUUACCCUAGUCCAUCAACAUGUUCAGUUCUUCACAAUCCAAAAUAUGUCGGGCAUUACAUUGAUAAACCUGAAAAUGGGCGUGGCCGAACGACAAAGGGCAGGAGACAAAGGGAGAAACUCAGUAUUGGUAAAUACUAUGACGAAUAUUGCGAAUCAUUUGAAGAUAUCUCUGAUGACGAAUCCGAAACGGAAACGGAGUUGGACUAUGAAUCUUCCUCGUACCUGUACGAAAACGCUAAUAAAGAAGACGUAACAAACACAGAACUAUUAGAAGACAUCAUGAUACAUGCUGCUUUAAUGCAAAGUUUGUGCCAAAGAAACAACAUAAACUAUAUUCCAAAGCAGAUUUUCGAAUGUAAAGACAGAAAAAUAUAUGAACCACAGAUUAUGGCAGAGGAAACCCCACAAAUUGAAGAACCUACAAGUGUGGCUUUAAAUGAGGAUAGAAAAAUAAUGGAGCCUGUUUUUGUCUUACUUCCAAAAAGUGAGGUACAGUGUGCAUUACUGAAAGAACGAUAUGACAAAAGUUAUGUGGAAUGUCCCUGUUUACCUCGAAAGUUUCUAAUCGAUGUCAGCGACAGAAUGAAAAUGCGGUUGAAAAACUCCGGAUGUUUGAAAACAGAAAUAUUAAAAAAUUGGGAUCUGACCUCCUGCGUUGUAUUUACAUAUGAUGAAUACGAUGUUAACAAUACAGAGACACACAGCGUAUUUAGAGUAUGUCUUAAUAUUGGAACAAACACAGAAAAAUUCAGAAUUCUGACAAUGUUUGACUAUUAUAACGGAUGCGUAGAAGAUAUUUUACACAGAGCUGUGACAUUCCUAGAUAUGAUGUCAACCGACGGAUUUAUAGAAAAUGAAAAACUACCCCCGAAAGAAAGCACGUCCAUGAAAUUUGAGAAUUUGAACAAGUGUCAGAAGAUUAAGAAAGACGUAUCUUUAGUUACGCGCAAAAUGCUAUUUAAAGAUAUUUUCAACAACAGGUUGAGUGACAAUGAAACAGUUGUUGAACUCGAUUUCGAAUGUAUUUCGUCAGAAUAUUGUGGAAUUUGCUUUGAUUUUAUAGCUGAAGGCGGAAAACCUGGAACAGCUCUUUCAUCAUGUUGCCAUUGGUUCUGUGAUGAAUGUUGGAUAGAUCACUGCAGAUCGCGUAUGAAUAUGGGCUCUGUGAACAUAACUUGUCCAGAACAUGGAUGCAAAGAAACCGUCGCUGACGCUGUACUUUUGACAUUUAUAAACGUAUUCGAAGUACUUGGUAUAAAACGACGUGACCAUGACCUUAAGUUGCAGGCUUCUGAUGCUAAAUGGUGCCCAAAUCCAACCUGUUGUAGGGUAAUCACAGUAACUAAUCCUGAAAAAGCGAAGGAUGUUGCUUGUAAGUGUGGAGCACAUAUUUGCUUCCAAUGCUUACAACCACCACACUGGCCUGUACCAUGUGAUAAAGCACCAGCCUACUGGAAAAAAUUAAAACAGCUUGGUGACGACAUUACCAUAUCACAAUCAUUUGUAAAGGUCCGUGGGAAAUCAUGUCCGAAGUGUAAAAGGUUCGUUGAGAAACUGGGUGGCUGUUUCUAUAUGAGUUGUGCAUGCGGAGCCAAUUUCUGCUGGGGAUGUUUAGGCACGUAUCCAGACCACAUACCGAGUGAAAAAUGCAAUCAGUAUAAACAUGGAGACAUGAAAGGAACAACUACUCUGCAGGUUACCGAAGUGGAAGGUUAUACUAAUGUAUCAAAUAGAAAUAGAAGUGGAGAUUACAAGAAAGCCGUUAACCAUCGAAAGGGUCGUCAUCCACUAAAAAUAAGCAAACUGAGAACAGGCUCUCGUCAGAUCCAAUUUAAAUGUAAAAACAUUGCCAAAAGAAAAGGACCACUUUAUUUUCAAAUGUUCGAUGGCGCAGACGAUAAUGUUAUUUGUUCUGAUGUGGAAGAAAAGAUUAAGGAAUUACUGAACAAUAUGGUAUCAGUUUACAUUGAGCUUCAUCACAUGGCAGAAUAUUGCUACGUUUUUAUUGAUAAACUUAUGAAAUCCGGUAUUAAAUGUUCACAGCUUCGAGGAAAUGCUGAUAUCCUUGGUUAUUUGGCCGAUAGGAUAUUUAGUAUUUUAACAGAUUCCAGUGACGCGAAGGACUGUCGACCUCUUCUCUCUUCUUUAUUACAAAUUCAACAAAAAACCGUAGAUAUCACGAAAAACAUUGUUUCGUUCACUAAAAAGUUUACAGUAUAAACAUGCAUCUGCUACAAAACAGUAAUGAUAAUUAAUAUAAAUCACAAUUAAAAUAUGUAAAAUUAUUAAA